CUCUUUCCUUCUUUCUCUCCUCUCCCUCCUUUUUUUUCCCUAUUUGUGGGGGUGUCUUACAUCAGCCCAGUGAGCCCUGGUUGACGCGGCUGGUGGACAGACAGCGAGCGAGUGAGCAAAAGAGAGAAACUGCUCGGCUUUCUACAUCCAGCCGUCCUGACUCUCACUGGAAUAAUCUAAAAAAACACCUCUGAACAAAUGGUCUGAAAGGACGAAACCUCUUCAAAAUUGGAAGCCCAUCUUUGUGCAUGUGUUGGGAUGAAGCGCCUGUGGAAUGUUCACCUCCUCCUGCUCAUCCUCCACUUCCUGUUUGGAGCCGUCACGUCGCAGGUCAACCCAGGUGUGUGUCGGUAUCCUCUGGGCAUGUCAGGAGGUCAGAUACAGGACGAGGACAUCUCUGCCUCCAGCCAGUGGUCUGAAUCCACAGCUGCUAGAUAUGGCAGGUUGGAUUUUGAGGAAGGGGACGGCGCGUGGUGUCCAGAGAUAACGGUGGAGCCAGACAGUCUGAAGGAGUUUCUGCAGAUUGACCUGCGCUCGCUCCACUUCAUCACUCUUGUUGGCACGCAGGGCCGUCACGCAGGGGGCAUCGGCAACGAGUUCGCCCAGAUGUACAAGAUCAAAUACAGCCGUGAUGGAAGCCGCUGGAUCUCAUGGAGGAACAGGCAGGGCAAGCAGGUGAUUGAAGGAAACAGAAACGCCUACGACAUUGUACUGAAGGACCUGGAACCGCCGAUCAUCGCACGCUUCGUCCGCUUCAUGCCGGUCACUGACCACUCCAUGAAUGUCUGCAUGAGAGUGGAGCUCUACGGCUGUGAGUGGCUGGACGGUCUUGUUUCAUAUAAUGCUCCAGCAGGAGAACAGAUGAAUCUGCUCUCUCACCCUGUUUACGUUAACGACUCUGUCUAUGACGGCGCCGUCAUCCACAGCAUGACAGAAGGCCUGGGCCAGCUGACUGACGGAGUGUGUGGUCUGGAUGAUUUCACACACAGUCAUGUCUACAACGUGUGGCCGGGGUACGACUAUGUGGGCUGGAACAACGAGAGCUUCCCAAAUGGUUUUGUUGAAAUCAUGUUCGAGUUUGACCGCACGAGGAACUUUACCACCAUGAAGGUCCACUGCAACAACAUGUUCUCCAGGCACAUCAAGGCCUUCCGUCAGGUCACAUGUUAUUUCCGCUCUGAAUCCGACUGGGAGUCCACGCCCCUUUCCUUCAGCCCCGUGGUGGAUGAGAAGAAUCCCAGCGCCCGCUUUGUCACCGUCAACCUAGCCAAUCACAUGGCCAGUGCUAUCAAGUGCCAGUUCUACUUUGCUGACGCCUGGAUGUUGUUCAGCGAGAUCACCUUUCAGUCAGACACAGCCAUGUACAACACAACACUGGCUCCGCCCAAGACGGGUCUCCCACCAAACAUACCACCAGAGGAAGACCCAACCCACAAAGUAGACGACAGCAACACCCGGAUUCUGAUCGGUUGUUUGGUGGCCAUCAUCUUCAUCCUGGUGGCCAUCAUUGUCAUCAUCUUGUGGAGGCAGGUGUGGCAGAAGAUGUUGGAGAAGGCCUCUCGCCGGAUGCUGGACGAUGAACUAACUGCCAGUUUGUCAAUACAGAGUGAGACGUUUGCCUACAACCACAACCAGUCGAGUACAACCAGCGAGCAGGAGUCUAGCUCCACAUAUGAGCGCAUUUUUCCUCUGGGUCCCGACUACCAGGAGCCGUCACGCCUCAUAUGUAAGCUGCCCGAGUUUGCUCAGAGCUCUGAGGAGCCCGCUUCUACCAGCACAGCAGCUACUGUAAUUCAAGAUGGCGUCCCUCACUACGCAGAGGCAGAUAUUGUUAACCUGCAGGGCGUGACUGGAAGCAACACAUAUGCCAUCCCUGCACUCACCAUGGACCUGUUGUCGGGGAAGGACGUGGUCGUGGAGGAGUUCCCAAGAAAGCUACUCACAUUUAAAGAGAAGCUGGGCGAGGGACAGUUUGGAGAGGUGCACCUGUGUGAGGCGGAGGGAAUGCAGGAGUUCAUGAAUCAAGAGUUUUUAUUUGACAUCCCUGAAGAUCAGCUGGUUUUAGUGGCUGUAAAGAUGCUCCGUUCAGACGCCAACAAAAAUGCAAGGAAUGACUUCCUGAAAGAGAUAAAGAUCAUGUCCCGUUUGAAGGACCCCAACAUCAUCCGCCUGCUGGCCGUGUGUAUCUACAGCGACCCUCUGUGUAUGAUCACAGAGUACAUGGAGAACGGAGAUCUCAACCAGUUCCUGUCCCGCCAUGAACCUGAGGGGCAGCUCGCUCUGCUCAGCAACGCUCCUACGGUCAGCUUCAGUAAUCUGUGUUACAUGGCCGCUCAGAUAGCAUCGGGGAUGAAGUACCUCUCCUCUCUGAACUUCGUGCAUCGGGACUUGGCCACGCGGAACUGCUUGGUGGGCAAAAAUUUCACAAUAAAGAUCGCCGAUUUCGGCAUGAGCAGGAACCUUUACAGCGGGGACUAUUACCGCAUUCAAGGCCGAGCGGUGCUGCCUAUACGCUGGAUGUCAUGGGAGAGCAUACUGCUGGGUAAGUUCACCACAGCUAGCGACGUGUGGGCCUUCGGGGUCACCCUGUGGGAGAUUCUAAACUUCUGCAAGGAGCAGCCUUACUCCCAGCUGACGGACGAACAGGUGAUAGAGAACACGGGGGAGUUCUUCAGGGACCAGAAAAGACAGAUCUACCUGCCUCAGCCUGUGCUGUGUCCAGACUCGCUCUACAAGAUCAUGCUGAGCUGCUGGAGGAGGAACGCCAAAGAACGACCCGCCUUCCAGGAAAUACACAGAGCCCUCUUGGAUCUGCACGCAUAAACUCGGGCGAUGUUUAAAGACAGUGAUUCCCUGUCUGCUCCUUCCCUGGAGGAGCUGGUGACGAGAGUAGACCAUGAUUCAGACACAAUCCAGGUUUAAGCUCACCUGCUUCAGCAGAGGAACAGGUUUCUCUUUAUUUCAUGGACUUACACACGACAAAGAUGGACUACCAGAGCCUUUUGGUGUGUGUGAUCUUUAACAUGCUUACAGCUAUUACUAAGAGAAAUCCAUUCUGUUAUUUAAAACACCCAAAUGUGUUAAUGGUUCGGUUCUGAAUGUAAAAGAACCAAAAAAUAAAUGUAGCAAGUGACAUUCGGCACUUUUAAAAAAAUGUAUUAUAUAAUUUCUUUAUGUAUGCAGGCCUAAUUUCUUCAUGUGUUUACUAUCAAACUUUGUUGAAAAGCUUUCUUUUGGAGGACUGCUUGAAUGUAGAAGAAGAAGUGCAGCAACACUCAGCCAUCACAUUUCAUUUCAAGUAUUUCAUCUCAGAGGCCGAAGACGAUCAUCUCAGUGGGACUCCGGGUCGCUCGUCAUCUCCCUGCAGCUCUCUUAUGGUUACUCCACGUCUUUAAGACUGUGUAUUUCCAAUAGGCAUUUUGUAUGAAUAUUUAUAUGUUUAUAUGUGUUUGCUCUUGUUGAUAUAUUUGUAGGUUUUUUUGUUUGAUGAAUCAAAUUCGAACUGUUAAAAUUACAUUCUGAUCUAAAAAGACAAAACUAGAGCCGUCAGCGCUGAACUAGUUAAUCUUGAUUAAUCUCAUGUUAUUUUGUCCCUUCAUGCUCACCGUAGAUGAUCGUCCUCAGUGUCUCCCUGUAGUCUCAGUGAUGUAAA